CUGCGAAGUAGUUGCCGUGCGUGAAACAACUCCGUCAGGGACGAACGUUUUCACAAGUGAACUUGACGCUUUUUGGAUUCAUCAAUGAGCUCGUCCAGGCACUUGUAGCUGCUUGGAGUGAAGACCGGACUGGGAGACCGCUACCAGGAAAACGACCCGUUUUUUCUUCCAGUCGGGAUUCAACAUGAAAUUCUGGAUUUGUGUACUUGCUGUCAGCUGGGCAGUUGAAGCGGCACACGGGGGGACCAGCCAGGAGCCCUGUAAUGGGCUGGACUGUAGUGGAGGAUGUAACUGUAACCCAGAGAAAGGUGGCAGGGGGCGUCCAGGGGCAUUGGGGCCAGUAGGACCCGGUGGACCAGAGGGGUUCCCAGGUGACCAAGGCCCUUUAGGGCAAAAAGGAGAGAAGGGCCACUUCGGACGCAUGGGCCCCUCUGGGCUGAAAGGGGACAAGGGGCCCAUGGGCGUACCAGGGUUCCCAGGAAACGACGGAGUCCCAGGUCACCCAGGUCAGGACGGUGGCAGGGGUCUACCAGGGUUUGAUGGAUGUAACGGUACCCAGGGAGACCCAGGUCCCAGAGCUGUAGAUGGAGGAAUACCUGGAGCUUCAGGACUCCCUGGGCCUAAGGGUCCUAAAGGGCAGAAGGGAGAACCUGUAUAUGUUGGAACCAGUGAGGGAGCUCCUGGUUUGCCUGGACUGGACGGUAUACCUGGUCCUAGAGGCCCUAAUGGAAGGCCUGGGGACAUCGGCCCCAGUGGUCCUGAUGGUCCUGACGGAUUCCUUGGUAAUCCAGGUCCCCCCGGUCCCCCUGGUCCUGUAGGGAGCCCCAGCCUCGGCUUCCGGGGGGAGCCAGGUGCUAAGGGAAACACGGGGCCACCCGGACCUCGAGGCGUGCCCGGCGACGAGUCGCUAGUAGGCUCAUCUAUUACCACCAUCUACAAAGGAGAUAAGGGGGAAGGGGGUUACAAAGGAGUGCGUGGACCAUCUGGUAGACCCGGCCCACCUGGUCCUUUUGGCUAUCCUGGCGAGAAGGGAGAGAAUGGAAUUCUGGGGUAUCCAGGGGGACGGGGUCCUCCUGGUUUUAAUGGACCUCCCGGAUCUCCAGGAAGACCAGGAUUCACAGGCAGUCCAGGGUUCCCCGGGCAACCAGGCUACAGUGGACCUAAGGGUGACCAGGGGGAACAGGGGCCUCCCGGGCCCCCCAUCUACGCAGACACACAAGGGUUGGCUGUUCAAGGAGCACCAGGUGACAAUGGUAUUGACGGCUUCCCCGGCCAACCUGGUGACACUGGCUCUCCAGGGUUUCCAGGACAACCAGGACGACCAGGCGACUCCUUCGGCGAUGGUCGAGGAGGCAGCCCAGGGUUCCCUGGCACCUUAGGACCUAAGGGAGAGAGGGGUAACCCCGGCAGACAGAGCUACGGCCCUGAGGGCCUACCAGGAGGACCAGGAUUAAGGACCCCCGGACCUCCUGGACCACCAGGCAGAUCUGUCAGCAACCAGCCCGGCAGGUUUGACAAUCUACCAGGAGCGCCAGGACGACCAGGAGGCCAGGGACCACCUGGAGCCAGUGGAUACAAAGGACCCAAAGGGGAACUGGGUGACUGUAACUGCCUGGGAGGAGGCACCACAGCUGAGGUGGGGGCCCCGGGGGCUCCUGGGUCUGAUGGAAGACCUGGUGCCUUCGGCAGGAAGGGCGAAAGCGGAGACCCAGGCAUACCCGGUUUCGGAGGACAACCAGGAACACCUGGCCGUGUGGGCGAGAGGGGUUUCUUCGGGCGUAAAGGAGAAAAGGGUGCCUCCUUCUACCCCUCGUUCAGCGGAGGGAUCCAGGGUGAACAGGGGGCACAGGGCCUUCGAGGGCCCCCUGGAAACAUGGGCCGACCCGGGAGAGACGGACUUCCUGGGUCCCCCGGACAGCCUGGGCCUCCUGCUGAUGUUGAUGGCUAUGGAACCAUUGGAGAGAGAGGAUUCCCAGGGUUCUCAGGCGCCAAAGGUCGCGCCGGUGAACCUGGAGAGAACGGGAUUGGCUACCAGGGUUCCAUCGGCUCCCGUGGGUUUCCAGGCGACUCGGGCUUUGCGGGGUUACCAGGGCAACCUGGUUUACCUGGCCCUCCAGGGCUGACGCUACCAUGUCGUCUACCUGGUGAGGAUGGAAUCCCCGGCCUCCCCGGAAUACCUGGAAGACUAGGUCCCAAGGGCGAGCCAGGUUUCCCAGGUGGUCCCGGUCGGCCCGGUUUUGACGGAGGGAAGGGAGAGAGAGGAGACCCAGGUUACGGGGGCCAGCCUGGGCCACAAGGUUUCCCUGGCCCCAGAGGAGAUGCGGGUGGCCCAGGUAUCCCAGGCGAGGGUCGUCCAGGGGCCCCAGGGAAGAACGGGCUCCCGGGGCGGCCAGGGGGGAAGGGCCGGCCGGGGGAGGUGCUGGGGUCCUCAACAGGGCUCCCUGGAACACCUGGGUUCCCAGGAGGACCAGGAGACAAGGGAGAGCCAGGAGCAUCAGGACUUCCCGGAGGAUCAGGUUUUGAUGGUCGGUCGGGCAUUCCCGGAGCUAAGGGUGAGCGCGGUACGGAUGGCUACCCUGGAACUCUAGGUCUUCCCGGACUUCCUGGAGACAGAGGCAAUGGAUUUCCCGGUCCUGCUGGACCAGCCGGAAGCAAAGGAUUUCCCGGUUCUCCAGGCUACCCCGGUUUAAAAGGAGCCAGAGGUGACACGGGCUUCCCAGGCCCAACUGGGAGGAAGGGACAACCAGGACAACCAGGAGGGGAUGGAUCAUCAGGACUCAGGGGCCUUCUGGGACCACCGGGCCCUGGGGGAAGAAACGGCAUCCCUGGGGGACCAGGAAGGAAGGGCGAGAGCGGUUACCCUGGACUGGUAGGUUUCCCCGGAAUGCCAGGUAACCCUGGAAGACCUGGUGGACCAGGAGGUAAAGGAGCUCCGGGGUUCUCAGGAAAAGACGGCCUGCCCGGUGACUUCGGAGCGCCAGGACCUAAAGGUGACCAAGGUUACCGUGGUCUCCCUGGCCCACCCGCUCUGCCCCCCAGAGUAGAUUACCUGGAGAAGGGACAGAGGGGCGACAACGGUGCCAACGGACUACCAGGUUUCCCUGGACCUAGAGGUGACAAGGGUUUCCCAGGCCAGCCUGGUCGUCAGGGUUUGCCCGGGCUGCCUGGUUAUGCUGACAGGGCUAAAGGGGAACCAGGACUCCCCGGUCUCCCCGGACGCCCAGCCGGGCCAGGCUACCCAGGCCCUAUUGGAUCUCCCGGUAUCAUCGGCUUCCCUGGCAUGCCUGGACCAAGGGGUGACGAUGGCAGGCCUGGUUUCCCUGGUAACCCUGGAGUCCCUGGUCAGCCAGGUGCUAAAGGGGAGAGAGGUGACUCAUCCGGCUACCCCGGAAGUCCCGGAGCUAAAGGUGAGUCCGGAACCCCCGGUUACCCAGGUGGCCAAGGUGCUAAUGGCGCCCCCGGCGACAACGGUUUCCCAGGGGGCCCUGGGUUCAGCGGACAGAAGGGAGAAGCGGGAGUUCCUGGAAGACCCGGACUCUUGGGUACCCCUGGUUUCACUGGGGCUAAGGGUCUGAACGGAUACCCAGGAGGAAGAGGUCUCGACGGGACGACUGGCCGCCCCGGGUCCCCUGGAUCAUCUGGAGAGAAAGGUCUGUCGGGAUCUCCUGGUCUUGAUGGACUCAACGGACUGGCUGGACCGAACGGUCUACCAGGAACCCCGGGUUAUAGUGAGGAGGGGCGCCCCGGCACCCCUGGAGCGGCCGGUUUGAAGGGAGAGAGGGGAUCCUCCAUCCCAGGACCCCCGGGAUACAACGCGGAGAAGGGAGCGAGAGGAGAGUCAGGGGGUCCUGGUAUGACGGGCUUCCCAGGUCUGCCUGGUCGUCGUGGGGAGACAAUCGGCUCCAAUAUCCCUGGACCUCUGGGAGACCCAGGCCUGCCCGGACUCGAUGGAGGAGAAGGUUACGGGGGUCCUCCAGGCCCCCCAGGCCCACCGGGGCCCAGUACGGCCCAGGGAGACAGGGGUGACGCUGGGCUACCUGGCUUCCCCGGCACCCCUGGGAGACGUGGAGACCCUGGAGGUCCCGGUGGCUCAGGAAGGGAAGGCAGCCCUGGGUUCAAUGGAGAGAGAGGCGACUCUGGGUACAGUGGAGUGUCAGGAACCAAAGGCUACCCUGGAGAUCCAGGAUAUUACGGAGGGAAAGGACCCAAAGGAAGGAAAGGUCCUUCUGGUCGUAAGGGGCCCCCAGGUAUAACUUUACCGCCCUCGAUCUUCGAGACUCCCUAUGGAGACUUGGGAGGCCCUGGGCUCAACGGAGCUCCAGGGGCCAUGGGAGAACCAGGCAAUCCCGGCAUUCCAGGCAGAGGGGGUCCUAAAGGCAGGCCCGGGGCGGUGGGGAAGCUGGGGAGGAACGGAGGGUCAGGUCUGGAUGGACCUCUGGGAGACCCUGGUUCUCCUGGUUUCCCUGGACCUUCCGGAUCACAAGGUCUGCCUGGUAAGCCUGGUCUGCAGGGUCCCUCUGGCAGUGUGGCCCGCAGCAGGAGUGUUGGUUUCACCCUGGUGAAACACAGUCAGAACAACCAGGUACCCAUGUGUCCCCAGGGCAUGUCCCGGCUCUGGGAGGGAUACAGUCUGCUGUACGUAGAGGGGCAGGAGAAGGCACACAACCAGGACCUCGGUAUGGCGGGCUCCUGCCUCCCCCGUUUCAGCACUGUCCCCUUCCUCUACUGCACGCCCAACGAGAUCUGUUACUACGCCAGCCGCAACGACAAGUCCUAUUGGCUGUCCACCACUGCGCCCAUCCCCAUGAUGCCGGUGGGAGAGGAGGCCAUCAGCCAGUACAUCAGCAGGUGCUCCGUGUGCGAGGCCAUGUCCCAGGCUGUGGCCGUCCACUCCCAGGACCUCACCAUCCCCACCUGCCCUGCUGGCUGGAGGUCCCUCUGGAUCGGGUACUCCUUCCUCAUGCACACAGCUGCCGGGGCAGAGGGCGGAGGCCAGUCCCUUGUUUCACCCGGCUCCUGUCUGGAAGACUUCCGCGCAACUCCCUUCAUCGAGUGUAACGGGGCUAAGGGCACCUGCCACUUCUUUGCCAACAAGUACAGCUUCUGGCUGACCACGGUGGAGCCUAACCGCGAGUUCAACCCCCCUCCGAUGGACACGCUGAAGGGAGGCAACCAACUUAGCAGAGUCAGUCGCUGUCAGGUCUGCAGUAAGAUCUUGUAGCCGGGAGAAGAGUCGAAGAUAGAGAGAUAGAGAGAAGAAAUGGAAAACACAGAGACUGAAACAACAAAAGAGAGGGUGAUGAUUACUUCUCAGAAAGAAAAAGAGAGAGGAGGUAAAAAAUUAAAAAACAUUCCCCCUUAAAAAAAAUGAUUGACCAGAUGACUGACUAAAUUUAAGCACCGUCCCCUGCUUCAUCCCAGGAUCUCACUUGGGGUGUAAAGGUGUCCUGAAGAGCUGACGAGGGCACUUCUGUGGGUUUAUGAUGCGUGAAUAUCGAUGUUAGAGAGAGGGGGAUGGAUAUAGAACGAGAGAGAGAGAGGGAGGGAUGGAGAGAUGUGGGGUCUGGGUUUUGAUUGCUCUGCACUAGGAUAUCACUGACAGUGUUGCUAAUAUGUGUCUUUAUGUGGGUGUUUUAUCGUUACUAUGGCUACGUGGUCUGAAAACAUUCACGGCUACCUAGUGCAACUGCAAACCAACCCUUCGGACCACACUGAACCGUUUCCCCUUCCUGGCUACGUCCCAAAUGCCCCCCUAUUCCCUAUAUAGUACACUACUUAUGGCUUGGGCUCCAUAGGCCUCUGGUCACAAGUAGUGAACAAUACAGGGUUCCAUUGGGACAGAUCUCUACCAUAACAACUACAGUCAUCAACCUGAGAGACCUGCUAUACUGUACAUACCUAUUUACUGCUAGCCAACCACUUUAACACACACACACCAAUGAUAUCUUUGAUAUCUGAGAUACAGUAAGACUCUAUUACCAAUAUGUCUUAUUUUUAUGUUACCCGACUCCGGGACUCAACUUGACAACAGUUUGGAAAAAGGCCCUUUUAAAAUACUAGAAUGAUUGGCAUAGAUAGUGAGACAACAUCGUCCAAUGACGAAUCACAGUAUUAGAACAAAAACAAUUGGUCCUAAGAGACCAUGUAUGUGAAUGUAUUGCACUGAUGUGAAUUGCAAUAAUGGGUAAGAUAUAAAUGUCAGUCCGUCUGUAACAGUCAGUCCGCAACGUUUGACUUGUCAAUCAAACGUGUGCCUUUUCAGUUUAGCUAUAGUGACGGACGGUGAAGAUUUAGGUUCACCACCACAGAAACAAACCUAUCAGCUCCUCGAUUCACUGCUGGCACACCAAUCAGCAACAACAAACGCACAUGAUUAUUAUGGUUAUUUCAUCUCACUCCACAAUGUAUGUUUCCGCCCACAGUGAGAUCCUGAUAGUUGUGGAAAAGGGUGGGACUUGUAAUGCAAAUGUACUAUAACUGCCACAGAGCGGACAGGACACUACAAGAGCGUUGGGCCAGUAACCGAAAUGUUGCCGGUUCGAAUCCCUAGCUAAUUAUGUGACAAAUCUGCCGAUGUGCCCUUGAGCAAGGCACUUAACCUUAAUUGCUCCUGUAAGUCACUCUGGAUGAGAGUGUCUGCUAAAUUAGUAAAAUGUCAAAUUAAAGUUGCUUAAUGGCAAUUACAUUUUCCCAAGACAAACACAAAUGUUCGGGGAAACAGAUAUAGAGCACUGCUACUUUACUUCAACUCUCUCGCUGACUCUGGAAUGGGUGACCAAGCUGAUAGUACGAUGCACCAAAUCAUACUUAUUUAAAACCGUCAUAUUCUGCAGGGUUUCACUCACUCACUCUACUCACCUCGCUAGCCUAUAUCUGCUCACCUCGCUAGCCUAUCUGCUCACCUCGCUAGCCUAUCUGCUCACCUCGCUAGCCUAUCUACUCUCCAUGUUUUGUGACCAAAAUGUUUUUAGUUUUUUUAUAAAAACCCGCCACCCACCAUGCUCAAGCCAAAACAUACAAGUACGCAAUAACCGCUUGGAAGGCAUCCCAAAUAAAUUGAUUUUGUCCCCCCACACCAAACGAGAUCACGACACGCAGGUUAAAAUAUCAAAACAAACUGUGAACUAUUUGUUAAUUUGAGGACAGGUCAAAAAGCACUAAACAUUUAUGGCAAUUUAGCUAGCUAGCUUGCAGUUGCUAACUAAUUUGUCCUAUUUAGCUAGCUUGCAGUUGCUAACUAAUUUGUCCUAUUUAGCUAGCUUGCAGUUGCUAACUAAUUUGUCCUAUUUAGCUAGCUUGCAGUUGCUAGCUAAUUUGUCCUGGGAUAUAAACGUUGAGUUGUUAUUUUACCUGAAAUGCACAAGGUCCUCUACUCCACCAAUUCAUCCACACAUAAAACGGUCAACCAAAUAGUUUCUAGUCAUCUCUCCUCCUUCCAGGGGCGGCAGGUAGCCUAGUGGUUGAGCAUUGUGCCAGUAACCAAAAGGUUGCUAGAUCAAAUCCCCGACCUGACAAGAUAAAAUCUGUCGUUCUGCCCCUGAACAAGGCAGUUAACCCACUGUUCCUAGUCCGUCAUUGUAAAUAAGAAUUUGGUCUUAACUGACUUGCCUAGUUAAAUACCAUUUUUUUAAAUGUUUAAAUCCAGGCUUUUUCUUCUUUGGACUUUAUAUGGCGAUUGGUGAUACCACGACGACCAACCGAACUAAGUCAAUCUUUCAAUCACCCACGUGGGUAUAACAAAUGAGGAGAUGGCUCGUGGGUAUCUGCUUCUAUAAACCAAUAAGGAGAUGGGAGAGGCAAUAAUUUAAUAACAUGUAUGUGUACAUUUAUUUUGCAACGCUCGCACACACGGCACAAGUGGUGUAGUCAGCAUGUUAGAAUGUUUGUUAUUGUACAGAAGCUUACUAUACAUUUUUAUCAACGUUAAGGCCUAUUGUGUUCUGGUAGUCCCUAUCUGCUGUCCUUAGCCUGUUUUGUUAAUGGCCACGUUCCAGAGCCGACUACAUUUAGGUUCCAGAGCCGACUACAUUUGGUUCUAGAGCUGACUACAUUAGGUUCCAGAGCCAACUACAUUAGGUUCCAGAGCUGACUACAUUAGGUUCAAGAGCCGACUACAUUAGGUUCCAGAGCCAACUACAUUAGGUUCCAGAGCCGACUACAUUAGGUUCCAGAGCUGACUACAUUUAGGUUCCAGAGCUGACUACAUUAGGUUCAAGAACCUACUACAUUAGGUUCCAGAGCCGACUACAUUAGGUUCCAGAGCCGACUACAUUAGGUUCCAGAGCUGACUACAUUAAGUUCCAGAACCUACUACAUUAGGUUCCAGAGCCGACUACAUUAGGUUCCAGAGCCGACUACAUUAGGUUCCAGAGCUGACUACAUUAGGUUCCAGAACCUACUACAUUAGGUUCCAGAGCCGACUACAUUAGGUUCCAGAGCCAACUACAUUAGGUUCCAGAGCUGACUACAUUAGGUUCCAGAACCUACUACAUUAGGUUCCAGAGCCGACUACAUUAGGUUCCAGAGCCGAGUACAUUAGGUUCCAGAGCUGACUACAUUAGGUUCCAGAGCCAACUACAUUAGGUUCCAGAGCUGACUACAUUAGGUUCCAGAGGUGACUACAUUAGGUUCCAGAGCUGACUACAUUAGGUUCCAGAGCCGACUACAUUAGGUUCCAGAGCCGACUACAUUAGGUUCCAGAGCUGACUACAUUACAGACGCCUACCAGAUCUCACAACACCUGAAUAGGUGAUUAACAUAUCAGCUGUUCACAUUCUAUGAUCUAGCAAUCUGAUUGAUGCCUAACUGCGUAGUCGAUGAGUUGGCUCACAACCAUUGGUUGGUGGUUGAUGCAAAGCAACACCUGGAAUGUAGGAGGCCUGGAACGUGGCCAUUGUCGCUGAAUUUAUGUUAAAGGUACUGGGUGACUUAAUAAAUUGUAACCACUAUGACCACUAUGUCUAUCACAUAGGCCCAUCUCUCGUUGGUAGCCCUGAGUACAUUAUUUGUCCUCAUGUGUCAUUGUUUUGUCUGUAAUCUAGAUUAUAAUUAUUUUUACUUCACAGUAUGUAUCCCCUGUAUCAAAAGUUAUUUACAAAUACAUUUGACAAAAUACAAAAAACUAAAACAUUCCUCUACAACCCAUGGCAAAAAUGUGUAGAAUUGCAGGAAAUUAAACUAACAUUUAAAGAUGGGGCCAGUACAAUCAAAACAGUCUGUACAUUCGACGGUAGGAACGGAUAUAUGUUUUUAUAUGGAAAUACAUACAGUACUAUGAUUAUAUUUGAAUGACCCAAAAGGAUAAAACACAUUUUUAUUGUCGCUCUUUUGACACAGUCCUCUGAUGGUAAAUAAAUUCCACCAUCUUUAAAAGGAAUUUUGAGAAAACCGGAAUAUUUAUUUUUCUUCAUACAAAUCCACAUUUGACAUGUAUAACAGAAACAGCCUACAAUGAUUAUGCAGUUGUGCUACAUUUUCCUCAAAGAGGAUAAACAACAGAAUUGAAUGAGUCUGAAAUGUGUAUUCUUGUGUUCACACUGAAAUAAAGUAUUACAAUUUAAUCAGAUUAAAAAAGAAUGAUUAAGAUUAUGUGAGAACAAUGUAACUAAAUUAUAGACCACCAAUACAAAUAAAAUACAAUUUUAUUGGUCACAUAUUUAGCAGA